AUGGCCGCCGCAGCUCCACCGCCUCCACCGACCGCCGCCCCCGUCACCCUCCCGGAAUCUGAUCCUUCCGGAAACACUCUCUUCACCCGCAUCCGCCUCGCCACCGUUGAUGAUGUCCCCCAUAUCCACAAACUAAUCCACGAAAUGGCUGUUUUCGAGCGCCUUACCCAUCUCUUCGAAGCCACCUCAGAGUCCCUCGCCAAUACUCUCUUUCCCCAAAACCCUCCUCCGCCUUUUACUUCCUUCACUGUUUUUCUUCUCGAGCUUUCUUAUAUGCCAUUUCCUCCCGCCCCACAGAAUGAAAAUUUUACCCCGAUUCUGAAAUCGAUCCACCUCGACCUACCCAUUGAAGAUCCUGAGAGAGAAAUGUUUAGAAGUAAGGCGAUUGAUGUCAAUGUUCUGGGUAAUGAUGUGAUUGUUGGUGGAUUUGUUCUGUUUUUCCCGAAUUACUCGUCAUUCUUAGCUAAACCCGGAUUUUAUAUCGAGGAUAUUUUUGUGAGGGAAUGUUACAGAAGGAAGGGACUGGGGAAGAUACUGUUGUCGGCAGUUGUAUUGCAGGCGGCGAAGAUGGGGUACGGGAGAGUGGAAUGGGUGGUGCUGGACUGGAAUGUGAAUGCCAUUAAGUUUUACGAGCAGAUGGGGGCCCAGAUUUUACCAGAGUGGAGAAUCUGUAGACUCACUGGUGAUGCCCUUCAGGCUUAUGCUCAUAUUAACAUUUGA